GAAAGGCGGGACAUCCUACCUUUUCUGCCGGCCAGUGACGGAGGGGGUUUAGUAAUGUCUAUAUCACGGCUGGAUAACUAUUCUGCAUUUCAGUUUUUUGAUUAACUUUUAAAAUGACCAAAGUCGUGGAGGAGGUGGCAGCAUCCUUAGUAAGAGAGUAUCUCAGCCGGAAGGGUCUGAAGAGGACUCUAACCUGCAUGGAUGAAGAAUUUCCCCGGACUGAUUCAAGUAUAAAUAACAGGGGAGAUCUUCGUCACACUCUGCACAUUGAAGCCCUUUAUAAGAAGAAUAAGUUGCAGGAAUUUCCCCUAAAAUCAAUGUUGGAGAUUGUUGUGAAAGAAUGCAUCAGGAAGAGUGGAGAUAAUUCUGCAGUGAAUUGCUGCAGUGAUGAACAGCUGUUUUUGAAAAAGUCAAACCCCAGUGUAAUGUCACACAGCAAAGUGAAAGAUGCUUCUGACGAUGAAAAAAACAAACAGAGAACAGGGGAUAAUCCUAAUCUCUGGCAACAUAAAGGCCCUUUAAGUCAAACAUCGGAGACUUGCAACACAAAGCAACAAAAUCCUUCCCUGGGCUCCAGUUUCACACCAGAAAGUGACCAAAUAUACCACCCAGUGCCAUUUAGUCAAGAAAGCUGCAAUGUUAGCUGUAAGACUGCACCCUCAAAGAAUGACAUCACUGACGUGCGGAAAGGCAGAACCAGUCGCAUAAUGCGUGGGAUGAUGGCAGGCCCAACUGCCAGCUACGCACAGGAAUGUCACAAAAAAAAAGAGACUCGCAGGUUCUGUGGUUCCAGUGUUGCUGGGGCAAAAGAUGAAGGCAGCAGAUUUGAUAUAAUGAGCUUGAGUGCUCAGUCAAACAGUGCAGGAAGGAGGGAACGUCCUGGCCAGCUUCCUUUGGGAGCAGAACGUCAAACGCAAGAAAGCGUUCAAGAAAAUGUAAAACCUUCCAUUCUCCUGGGCGGCCACAUGGACAUCAGAGGUAGUUUUGAAAGAUUAAAGAUGGAUGACAAAAACGGGGACAGAAGUGACAGACCAGAAGUGAACAGACGCCAGAAUAAAAAAAAAAAAUCAGCUACCAAUUCCAAAGCACCCAGUCUUCAUCUCCAAGCUGAUAUGACGCUGGAUGAUUUUAAUUGCGAAGAGGACCUUCACAAUUUAUCUACUGGUCCUGUCGUCUCUUCUGGUCUUUGCACAAAGGCUGACUUGCAUUCCAUUGACCAGAAAAUGGCUAUCACCUUAAAGGAGCUUCUCUUCGGUUCUAAGAUGAGCUGUUUUAAUGAAGAAUGGAAAGCUCAGAGUUUCAUAUUUUCAGAUCUACCUGAUCUUAGAUAUGGGAUUGUACAGAAAAAGGGUGGUCCUUGUGGAGUGCUGGCUUCCAUUCAGGCCUGUGUUCUGCAGAAGCUUUUGUUUGAAGACGCGAAAGAUGACGUAGGCUAUCAGAGGCUGCAUCCUUCCAGUGCAGCCCGUAGCAAGAGUCUUCUUCUGGCUAUAGCUGAAAUCCUGUGGAGAGCAGGGAAGGGGAAAAGAGCAACUGUUGCAAUAUCUUCAGGAAGAAACCAGUUCAUUCCCACAGGAAAGUAUAAAUCUGAGGGCGUUUUGGAAAUGAUAACAUUUAUUAAUGUAAACAGUUUUGAGGACUUAAGCUUAUUCCUGGAUCAGCACAUACAACAGUUUGAGUCUGGCCCCUAUGGAUGCGUUUUGCUUACUGUAUCGGCCAUUCUUUCCAGAUCUGUUGAAACCGUCAGAGCAGAUUUUGACAUGCUGACCAACACCCUCAUCGGAGCUCAUGGCUACUGUACACAGGAGCUCGUCAAUCUCUUGCUUUGCGGAGAAGCCGUUUCUAACGUUUUUGAUGAUAGUUUCGAACUUGACUCCGGUAAUGGAAACACGACCGUUCUGAAGGGAAUUAAAGAACCUUGUGACAUUGGGUUUCUGUCUUUGUUCGAGCAUCAUAACAUCUGCAGGGUUGGGACUUACAUGAAGACUCCCAGAUUCCCCAUCUGGGUGGUAUGUAGCGAAAGCCACUUCAGCGUGCUUUUCUGUACACGAAAGGAACUGCUAACUAACCCGACCAUGGAGAGGAAGUUUGAUCUGUAUUACUAUGAUGGCCUAGCUAAUCAGCAGGAAGAAAUCCGGCUUACCAUCUUCACAGGGUCACCCAAGAGUGGCUCUGAAGAUGCUGACGUGGAUCUAAUCCCACCUCUGGAACACUGCAUUAGGACGAAAUGGAAAGAUGCCAUUGUCGACUGGAAUGAGACAGAACCUAUACUAUAAUUUUCUGCCGAAUUAAACUCCAAGCUGCCAUUGGUGUAAUUGGAAAAUUUUAAAGACUUAAAUUAUGUUUAUGCUUUGCCAUUUUUUGCAGUGGAAUUGCCUCAAUCUAAUCAUCUGAAAUCUACUACCAUGCAGCCCCUUUGUGUCCCAUUAUCCAAAUGGUUUGUUGUCAAGAUAGCAGCUAAGCUGUUAAGGACCACUGGCAUUUCUAAGCAUGGUUGUUACGUUUGGGAUGUCCUAAGUGCUGGUCUUGUGCUCCAUGGACAAAUUACUACUGUGCUAUUUGAUAAAAUUUAUUAUGUUUAGAUUAAAUUUCAACUGAACAGCUGUACAAUAAAACCAUUGAAAUGAUUCUUUUAUGCAUAACUGCGCUGCAAUGUGUUGGUUUCUUAAUUUCAUAAAUGUAAAAUGUUUCUUCAUUGUUUGCCUUAGAAAAAAAGAAAACAACUGAAUUCUGAUGAAAA